UCCGGUAUAUGAGGUCAACUUUUCCCCCAGAUCCGCCAUUUCAGUCCCGGAGUUUCUUCUCGCACACUAUUUCGGGAUUCCGGCGUCAUUUAAUGACCAAAAACACUUGGUUAUGAAUGUUGGACUGGGCUCCGACAACAUAUAAACCCUCGGCGCCUCGACGUUGUUCGUGAAAACCGCCUCAAGUCGAUAUAUUACACAUUUUUUUUUCAUAUAUAUAUGUUCGGGGGGUUGGAAAGUCACCGACCCAAAGUUUGUGUAUGAGUUGCGGCUAAGGAGAGGCCUCAAGCCUCAAGCCUCGGGCGGGAAUCGUUCAGCCAUGGCGGGUCAUUUUGACGCCGAGGACCGGGGGAGUUGGUUCUGGGGGAGGCUCCGCCGCCAGGAAGCCGUGUCUCUCCUGCAAGGGCAGCGGCAUGGCGUGUUCCUGGUGAGGGACUCGAUCACCAGCCAUGGGGACUACGUGCUGUCCGUGUCGGAGAACUCCAAAGUGUCCCAUUACAUCAUCAACAGCAUCGCUAAUAAUAAUCGACUCUCCAACUCAGGUUUGGCUUCUCCACGGUUUCGGAUCGGGGAUCAGGAGUUUGACACCCUGCCGUCUCUGCUGGAGUUUUACAAGAUCCACUACCUGGACACCACCACCCUUAUAGAACCCAUCAGCAAAUCUAAGAACUCUGCAUUCGUCAGUGCCUCCCCCGCCGGCGCACCUCAGCAGCCCGAGGAGGCGGAGUUUGUCCGGGCGCUUUUUGACUUCUUGGGCAACGACGAUGAGGACCUGCCCUUCCGCAAGGGCGACAUCCUGCGCGUGCUGGAAAAGCCAGAGGAGCAGUGGUGGAACGCCGCCAACCAGGAAGGCCGCGCAGGGAUGAUUCCCGUACCCUACGUGGAGAAAUACCGACCCGCCUCGCCCACCACCGCCGCCCUGUGUGCCUCUUUUGUAGGGAUGGGACAAAGGGUUGUCGCUGCGGUGGCUAACGCGGACGAAACGGGGGCAUCGCCGGGCAACGCUCUGGGUGACCCCGGCCAGUACGCCCAGCCCGUGGUCAGCACCCAGCUUCCCAACCUACAGAACGGGCCCGUCUACGCCCGGGCCGUACAGAAAAGAGUGCCCAACGCCUACGACAAGACGGCGCUCGCUCUGGAGGUGGGCGACACGGUGAAAGUGACCAAGAUCAACGUGAACGGCCAGUGGGAGGGCGAGUGCAAGGGCAAGCGAGGCCACUUCCCCUUCACUCACGUCCGACUGUUGGAACAGCACCACCCCGACGACGAGAGCUGAGAGACGCUUUCAGGCGUCGCGGUGGGUUCGGUGGAGAAAGAGCAAAACAGGAAUCUCCAGAAGCACACACGACUACAAAGCAAAUCUACUAGCUAGACUUGUCCUGGACCCCCUAGGGGCCGAGGCAAAGGCAUGUCGGAAGAGUUUGAAUUAAAUUUUAUGAUGGACGCCGGACUUGAGCUACUCCAGAAGAGAAAUCAGGAAAAUAUUCAGUCAGUCAAACCCAAAUAAGACAAUAACAAUACUUUUUGUAUGUGUUUUUAUUAAUAAGGUAUAUAAUGACUUUUUGCCCUUCAGUUUUUCAGGUUUUUAGCUAGGAGUUUUUUUUUUUUAAUCCCGCGACAUUAAUCCAAAAGUACAGUAGGGAAGGGAUUCAUACAGCUCCAUUCCUGGGUGGAGAGAAACACUGGGGGGGGGGGGGGGGGGGGGUAUUCAUUUUGUAAUGAAGUCUGCUGAAAAUGAUGGAAAGUGCCACUUUACAUAGCAACGGAUGCUGUGGUCAAAGUUGGAAUUGCCACAAAACACGUUUGAAGACACUGCCAUCUGGCGGCUGAAGUGGAUAGUGCAAUCCCCCCAUUUUGUCACGUUUCAUGUGUCAGGUGAACCGCGACGACUGGAACCUUAUGAAUCCCCUUCCUACUGUAAAUGUUUACACCUUUGGCUUGAAGAUGGGCACAAUAGUUGAUUAAUUGGUCAGAAAGAAGUCUGUUAAUUGUGUGGAAGUAAUUGAUAAGACAGUUUGAAUGGAGUUCACUGCCUGGCUUCAACCAGCAGGGGCACAAUGGAGCCACCUAAACAGCCUCUCUUUGGAAAAUGUUGACUGGUUUAGCCUUAUAAUGUUCUGAAAGUGCGACGUCAACGGACUGCAUCCUUGGCGUCUCGAACAUUUUACAAGAAAUUGGUUACUUUCCUUCCAGUUCAAAGGCUAGUUUACGAGUCUGGUGAGCCCGUAUUUGAAGGGCCGCUCUACAAAAAACUAUUUUGGUCCCCCGUGCCAUACUCAUGGCAUUGAAUUGUUGAAACAAACAGCAUUUUUUUAAAUUAUUAAGUGUUCGGCCGGACUGCUACUGCAUUAUGACAUCUUUUCGACUUGUCCUAAGAGUAGCUAACUUCUUAUGAAAUGAAGUCACGAUCUGACCACAACAAAAGUAAAGGUUCUGCUUUGCAAAUGAUUUCAAAACGUCGACAAGUUGGAUUCAGUGUGUAAAGCAGCUGGAACUGGUUUGUCAGCAUGUCUAGCAUUGCUUGCAGUGAAACAUUUGCAUAGGACUACAACUGACUAGCCAGGCUGUGUUGCUUUAAAAUCUUUUUAUUUUUAUUUCAGUGAACGUUGAGCCAAAUUUAUCCAAUCGCAACUUUUUUUAAUGUCCAAUCUGCUUGGUGCCAAUCGCCAAAACCAUGCUUAUUAUCACGCUCUAAUUGCUAUUAGCUCAAACUACACAUGGACUCAUGUUAAUUCGUCAACAUUUCAUGUUACUCCAAGUUGGAGUAUUUGUUCGAUGGAGUCUUACGGCCGCACUGGAAGAAAAGAAAAUCACAAUUUAGCAAGUAUAAAGUCGUUAAGUGCCAGAUACAUUUUGUAAGCAAUAUUAUUGGAUGACAAAGUUGCAGUUUUUUUUUAAAGGAAAAAGACAAUUCCAGAAUAACAUUGUAAUUUUACAAAUAAAAAAAUCUUGAUUUUGCAGUUACGUUCAAAAUAUAAUUAAAAAAAAAAACAUUUUUAAUUUUAUGACUUAUGUGAAGAGAUAAUGUUACUGUUAAAAAAUAGGAUGAUGAUGCAAUGUCAAUCUAUGAGGAUAUGAUGUAACAAUAUAAGAAUUUCAUAUCACGGUGAUUGUGACCAGAAUUAUAGGAUAGAAUAGGAGACUUUAUUUAUCUGAAAGUGGGGAAAUUAUGUGGUUGCAGCGCAGAUGCAAAAACUCCACAAAAACACAUGAAACAAGAGGGAAAAGACAUUAGAACAGCACAGAGCUGAUGCAGCUCACUGUCAUUUUAACAUACAGCUACAAAACAGAACAAAACAUUACGUUUUAAAUGUAUUGUGUAACUUUACAAAGGAAAAACAUGAGCUCAAUUUCUUUUAGACACAAAAAUAUAGUUGCAUCAUUUCUUGUACUAUCACAACUUUUUUCUUGUAUGAUUAAGCUUUGUUUCUUUGUUAUUAUGAAUACUACUUUCUGUCAUGUUUUUAUUUAAAAAAAAAGAAAAAAAAAAAGACAACCAUACAACUCUUUGUGAUUACUCCAUACUCCUACGGCCUAAGUUGAUUUCCUUUUUUCCAGUGUGGCUCUAACACUCCUUUGAAAGUUGGAUGUUAUUGUGCUGCUAAAUGUGGAGCUUAAUGUGAUCAAGUAAGUUGUUUUUUUCUCGGCCAAUUGAAUGGUUUAAAAAAAAACAUUUGAUUCCUUUGGGGGGUUUUAAUGAGGGAUUGCAGUAAACUCUCGGUAAAUAUUAUCCUUGAUUAAAUGGCAUUAUUGCAACUUAGAUGUAAAGGCUAAAGAAACCACUUUUAGGUAAGUAUGAUCUGUUAACAUGCACCUUAGUCCCCAUACUAGUUUAAAAAGUCUUUAUGCCAAAAACAAAGUAUUUCUCCUGCAGAGAGAGAAUUUUUCAAACCACCGUUUCAUUAAGAGGACCAGAAACAUGCAAAGGUUUUUGGUUUUUGUACAUUAUGUUAAAGCCUUAUGAAAAUAUAUUAUUUCAAGAUUUAAAGAAAUACCUUCUUUAUUUUUCUGUAUCGUGUAUUGUUAUCAAUGAUAUACUUAGUCAAUAAAAAUGUAACAACUUGACAA